AUAGAUUACAACUGCCUAUUACUGGUGCUGGAGGCGUACAACGACCACAAAGAGAGAUUAAAGUGGCAGCGGGCAGUUUGAACAUCACCGCUGGACAGACAGACGGACGGUUGGAAAUAUAAGUAUUUGUUAUUCUCAGAGAGAGUCCCAAAACAAAAACCAAAUGCAAUUCUUCCAUUAAAUCGAUUUUGGCGCUGCAUUUUAAAAACAACAUACACACUAAAAUUGUCAUUCCGAUCGCGUCUGUCUCAUCGAAUUGCAUUACAGAACUCAGAAAAUCAGUUCGGGGAACAAAGAAAUAUUUCGGUUACUAUUGCAGUUGAGUAGUGGAGGAGUAGCUGCAAUGGUAGUGGCUGUGUUGUCGGAGGUAUUGCGUGCUGUUUUCGAGGAGAAAAAUUAAACACAAAAAUCCAAUAUAAAUAAAAAUCUUUAUCUAAGAAAAGAGACAAUCAUAUCGAAGAUAACAUCUGAAAGGUGUGAAAUUUCAAAAUAGUUCCAAAAGAAAAUUGUUCAGAGCAAAAGUGUUGAAACAAGUUAAAACACAUUCGAAAAAAACAUUAAUUUAAGCCAAUAAAAAAAAAUCAAAACAAAAAUUUUAGGUGUUUGCUAAGUGAAAAUCAAUCAAAACAUAAAAAUUUUCUUUUGGUGAAAUUUGAAAAAAAAACCAUGGAGUUUUCAACAUUUUGGAUGGUGCUAUUUUUUACACCAACGAUCUUAACUUCUGGUCUUUUAGCUUCGGCUCUUGCAAAUUUCAAAUCGGCUCCCCUAGUAAUUUCCAAAUCCGAAUCUGAUGCUAUUAAAUCUAUAAGUUCAGAUGAGUGGUUGGAUUUUGUACGCCGUGGUAUAGAGUCUGAUAAUCAGGAAAAGAGGCUUGAAUUACGUCUUUGCAAUGCAAAUGUCACUGUCCACAACAACACCAUAUCCCAUGUCCAACUAUUGGACACUUUGCCCAAUGAUGAAGCUAAAGAGGACAGUGAGAUAGCAGAUAAAAUUCUUAAAUCUUCCCUAUACAUCUACAAUAGUAAAUGCGCUACAAACGGAAUACCCGGUGAAAGAUGUGAGGCAAUAUUGAGUGGCAUUGAUCUGCCAAGAAAUAGUGAAUUGUGGCAAGAAUGUGAAAAUGUUCGAACAACGCGAUAUAACGGACACUAUGCCUUUAGAAGACUAUUGCCAAGACAUUAUACCGAUGGAUUUUAUCAGAUGUUUUCGAGUAAUCUUCCCACUCCGCUAAGCAUAAGCAAUGAAUUGUGUGAUCAAGCAAUGAAAAAAGAAUUCAUUGCAGGAGAUAAUCAUCGAAAUUUAGCUGUGGUCCAAUGGGCUCAGUUUGUUGCGUCGGAUCUUAGUAAAACAGUGGUUACAUCAAUGAGUAAUGGCUAUCCCAUAGAAUGUUGUAAUGUGCAAAACUACAAACUGCAGCCAAGGCAUUUUCAUCCCGCUUGUGCUCCACUUACUAGCGUUGACCCUAGCAAUCGAUAUGGUUUGACAACAUGUCUCAAUUAUGUGCGCAGUGCUUUAGCGGUUGGGAAUAAAUGUACAUUUGCUGCUCCAGAACAACUCAAUCAAGCCACCGCUGAUCUGGAUAUGUCACCACUUUAUGGCUUCACUGAGUCGGCCCGUUUUCGUAUGCGCUCUCAUAGAAAUGGUUAUCUUAAAUCAACGCAAGAUGAAACGAUCAAAAAUUCGCUAUUACCUCUGGUGAAAGAAGAUAAGCAUCAGUUUUGCGUGAGAGGCAGUAACUCAACUUGCUUCAUGGCUGGAGAUUCUAGGGUAAAUAGCAAUCCAUUUACCAUUGCCAUUUAUACCAUAUUCUUGCGCAAUCAUAAUCGUCUGGCCAAUGAAUUGAAACAAAAAUAUCCUAAGUGGAAUGAUGAGAAAUUAUUUCAAGGGGCCAAAGCCAUAAAUAUAGACAUUUAUCAGCGUAUUGUUCUGUACGAAUGGUUGCCAAUUGUUUUGGGACCUCAAGAGGCCGAGGAAAUUUACCAGUCCCAUAUGAAGACUGAAAAUCUUGGAGAGCCCCAGCAAGUUUCCAAUGAAUUUGCGGUUGCUGCAUCACGUUUCUACUUGUCAAUGAUGCCAGAUGUAUUGCAUAGUUUUCCUCAGGUAUUAGAAGUAACUACAGAAUCUCCCAGAGCAGGGCACGAUGAAAAUAGGCUAAUGUCUACCGAUAUCUUUACCUUGAAAUAUCAGCUCUACAAUACCAAUAUCUCCUAUACCUCAAAUAAGUUGGAUGAUAUUUUAAAUUCCAUCUUGCAACAACGUACCAUGAAAAUGGAUAACUCUUAUGUGGAAAGUCUGGUAUCAGAUUUUCUUGGCAGUAAACGUCCCACCCACAGUGAUAUCAUGGCUUUUGAUAUACAACGUGGACGUGAUCAUGGAGUACAACCCUAUUUCGAAUACUUGCAAGCUUGCAAUGGCAUCAAAAUAACAAAUUGGAAUGAUUUCAAAAGAUUUAUAGCGUCAGAGGACAUUGACAAAUUGAAAACGGUUUAUACCAAUUGGCAGGAUAUUGAUUUAAUUAUCGGUGGUAUGUCGGAAAUUCCCGCCAAAGACGCUUCAGUUGGCCCAACGUUUCAAUGCAUAAUUGCUGAACAAUUUUCUCAAUUACACAAAUGGCACCGAAAAGAUACCACGGAUUUGAAGAAUUCCGAUAUGGACCUAAGCAAAUAUACAUCGAUUAAGGCAGCUGACUUAAUGUGUCUGAAUUCGAAUCUCAAAUAUGUUCCCAAGAAUAUUUUCCAUAUUGCUUCCAAUAGAAAUCCGCUGGUAUAUUGUGGAGAUGUUUUAAAUAAAUAAAAAAGUGGUAAAAAUUAGUUAUUACUAGAUAAAAUAAAUUCGGAAAAUAUUAGAUUUAAAUAUAUUACCUAAUAAAGAAUACAUAAAUAAUAUUGAUUAAAUAAA